UGCAAUCAAAUCGGAGUGCCCCUCCAAGGCCCCCCUCCUUCCUGACACACAACGAGACCAAGCUUCCAAGAGCGCCCAGCAUUCAACCAAAGAAUCUGCGUGUUUUUUUCUCCCCCUGCUACCCUCAACAACUUGGAAUAAAAACCUCAAGCUGCUUCUUGAAUAUCUCUUAUCAUCCCGAAGCUAGUCAGGAACUCGCUUUUUACAUUCGGCCACAGAGAACAUACACGAAUCAAAGCUAUCAUCAACAUGUCUCUCUCCAGCAAGCUGUCCAUCACUGAUGUCGACUUGAAGGGCAAGCGGGUGCUCAUCCGUGUUGACUUCAACGUGCCCCUCGACGCCGACAAGAAGGUCACCAACAACCAGCGUAUCGCCGGCGCUGUGCCUACCAUCAAGUACGCCAUUGACAAUGGUGCCAAGACUGUCAUCCUCAUGUCCCACUUGGGCCGCCCCAACGGAUCCGUCAACCAGAAGUACAGCCUGAAGCCCGUUGUGCCCGAGCUCGAGAAGCUUCUGGGCAAGAACGUCCAGUUCGCACCCGACUGCGUUGGGUCCGAGGUCGAGGAGAUUGUCUCCAAGGCCGACAAUGGCCAGGUUGUUCUCCUUGAGAACCUGCGAUUCCACAUUGAGGAGGAGGGCUCGGCCAAGGACGCCGAUGGCAACAAGACCAAGGCUGACAAGGCCAAGGUUGAAGAGUUCAGGAAGGGUCUGACCAAGCUCGGUGACAUCUACGUCAACGACGCUUUCGGCACUGCCCACCGUGCCCACUCCUCCAUGGUCGGUGUUGACUUGCCCCAGAAGGCCGCCGGUUUCCUCAUGAAGAAGGAACUCGACUACUUUGCCAAGGCCCUCGAGUCGCCCAAGCGACCUUUCCUCGCCAUCCUCGGUGGUGCCAAGGUCUCUGACAAGAUCCAGCUCAUUGACAACCUGCUCGACAAGGUCAACAGCCUCGUCAUCUGCGGUGGUAUGGCCUUCACCUUCAAGAAGACCCUCGAGAACGUCAAGAUUGGCAACUCCCUCUUCGACGAGGCUGGUUCCAAGACUGUCGGUCAGCUGAUGGAGAAGGCCAAGAAGAACAACGUCAAGGUCACUCUUCCCGUUGACUACGUGACAGCCGACAAGUUUGACAAGGACGCCAACACUGGCUCCGCUACCGACAAGGACGGCAUCCCCGAUGGCUGGAUGGGUCUCGACUGCGGCCCCGAGUCCAUCAAGCUCUACAAGGCUGCCAUCGAUGAUGCCCAGACCAUCCUCUGGAACGGCCCCGCUGGCGUCUUCGAGUUUGAGAAGUUCGCCAACGGUACCAAGGCCACCCUAGAUGCCUUCACCGAGGGUGUUUCCAAGGGCAAGAUCGGCAUCAUUGGUGGUGGUGAUACCGCUACUGUUGCUGCCAAGUAUGGUGCUGAGGACAAGUGCAGCCACGUCUCAACUGGUGGCGGUGCCUCCCUCGAGCUUUUGGAGGGCAAGGAGCUGCCUGGUGUCACUGCUCUGAGCAGCAAAUAAAUGUUCGACUCUAAAAGGUAAACUGUAGUAAACGUGAAGGUGACAGUAAGUCUGGGACAAAUAAUUCGACCCAGGAGUUCAGAGCCCCGGCAGGCAUGGCGAGAACGAUAGCCUCAACGGACACUAGAACGCCUGCGUCAUGAAAACAUGAACGGUAAUGACUGAUACGCCAAAUGGCCGGGUUUACGGGUAGACUGGAUGGACAAGGUCGGACUGAAAAGGAUUAUGUCCAUAUCUUAGAACAAAUGAACAAAGAAUCGUACAAAUGUUAG